AUGCUCUCGAGAGCUGCCCGUCCGGCCCUCAAUGCCGGCAAUGCCCUUAUUCGGUUCAACUCCCUCUCCUCGGCUGGGUCUGCGCCGGUUAAUACCGCAAACUUCGCUACCCUUCGUGAAAUUGAAGGCCGCCUAAAGUCGAUUAAGAACAUCGAAAAGAUUACCAACACGAUGAAGAUUGUCGCUUCUACCCGACUCAACAAGGCCCAAAGAGCUAUGAGUGUCUCUCGUGCUUAUGGUGAAACAUCUGAGACUGUUUUUGAGAAUGCUGAAACGAAGCCUCUUGAGAACAAGAAAACCCUUUUUGUUGUUGCUAGUUCUGAUAAAGGCCUAUGUGGUGGCAUUCACUCUGGUCUCAGCAAAGCCACUCGAAGGAUGAUUGCUGCGCAGCCAGAUGCUGAUAUCGUUGUUCUUGGCGAAAAAUCCAAGGCCCAACUCAGUAGAACUAAUGAUAAGAGUAUUGUCAUGAGCUUCUCUGGUGUUGGAAAAGAUAUUCCUACUUUUGCUGAUGCCCAGGCAAUUGCGGAUCAGAUUUCGCUUUUACCAGUGGAUUACUCGAGCAUUAAAAUUAUUUACAACAAGUUCCUCAAUGCCCAGAGCUAUGAACCUGUCACUGUUGAGGCUUUCUCUGAAGAGGCGAUCAUUCAAUCUCCCAAUGUUGUUGCAUUUGAAGUUGACGAUGGUGUUCUUGCCAAUCUUCGAGAAUAUGCACUUGCCAACAGCUUGUACUGGGCUUUGGCUGAAGGACAUGCUUGUGAAAUUUCAGCUCGUCGUAAUGCUAUGGAUAAUGCUUCCAAAAAUGCUGGAGACAUGAUCAGCCGAUUCCAAAUUCUUUACAAUAGACAGCGUCAAGCCGCUAUUACUGGUGAAUUAGUUGAAAUUAUCACUGGUGCCACUGCUAGUGAGGAGAUGUAA